UUACAUGCUUACACUAUUAAUUUUGGUGUAUCUAAGCAUUUCUCUUGAUUGAAGUUCACUAUCACGAAGAAUCAGAUUUUAAUGUUGUAGUGGUUAAAAUACAAAAAAAGUACUGAUACCUUGUCUUUUGUUUAGCAGUACAUGUUCAUAUUGCAACUUGUUUUUCAGAUUAUAACAUGGUAAUCCAGAAUAUUAGAAUUAACCUUUACAAAAUGAAUGACUGAAUCCAGAUACUAUUGAUUACUCUUGUGCAUAUCAAAGUGGGUAAUUAAACAGAGGUAGAUGGUGGAGUAGAUCCAUCCUAUGAAUAUGUAUCUAUUAAUAAGUUUUAUUACCUUGAACUUAUUAUGUGGCAUUUAUGGAAACAAAUUACAUAAUACUUAUAUAUAUGAUGUUUGUGUUCAUAUAUAUACAUAAUGUUUAUAUAUUUAUAUACAUAGAUCACAUUUUUGUUUAAAGGGGGAAAAAUGUGAGAAACCUCAGACUCUUUUAUAUAAACAUGUUUAUAUAAGCAAAGAAAAGCUUAAGAAUGAAUGCACACCAAACAAUAUUGAUACCUAAAUUUAGGGGAGUGAGAUUUGGAAGUAUGGGAGGAGAUUACUUUUUAUCUCUGAUUAUUUAAAUUGUUAAGGAAAACAGGGAACUGAGAUGGAAAAUCUCAAAGGGUCAACAAGAAAUCAGGAUCCUUAAUCUGAGCAGUUACAGAGGACUAAAUCUGGCUUGUAGAUUUCAGACAAAAAAGUUAAGUCAGCUCCUGCACUGAUUUUCUGAGUUUAUUAUUGAAAUAGGAUGUGUGUGCUUGAUAAUCUGCUUAAAUAUAAGACUGAUGCCUAAAUUGGUUAAAAUGUGUGGUACUUGGUAUUUCUUUGUUUUGCUAAUAAGCUUUUCCCUUGCUCUGGGAAUUAAAAUCCCUUCCUCUUUAGCCCAAUUAUACUUGUUAAGGGAAGACCUCUAUGAAAAGGUCCUUCUUUGAGGUCUCUCACUGGAAAUGAUUGGUCCUGAAAAAUCUUUCCUCCUGGGCCCUUGAAACAGUUCAUAAUUAUUGAAGGCUUAUUAUGAAGGCUGUCUCAAUAUCUUCCUUCCAAAAAUGCUAAAGAAUAAUUUAGAUAACAGUUCAGACUCAAAAAAUGAAGAUGGCUCUGUCUUUUCGCAGACUGAACACAACAUUGUUGCAACUUACUUGAUUCUGGCAGGUGUGAUAAGUAUUCUCAGCAACCUAAUAGUUCUGGGCAUCUUCAUUAAGUACAAGGAACUUCGGACACCUACGAAUGCAAUCAUUAUUAACCUGGCUUUCACUGAUAUAGGGGUCAGUAGUAUUGGCUAUCCCAUGUCUGCUGCUUCAGAUCUGUAUGGAAGUUGGAAAUUUGGAUAUACAGGCUGUCAGAUUUAUGCUGGAUUGAAUAUCUUUUUUGGAAUGGCAAGCAUUGGAUUGCUCACAGUGGUGGCCGUGGAUAGAUACCUGACCAUCUGUCGCCCGGAUGUGGGAAGAAGAAUGACCACCACCACUUAUGUCAGCAUGAUUCUGGGGGCCUGGAUCAAUGGCCUGUUCUGGGCUAUGAUGCCCAUCAUAGGGUGGGCCGGUUAUGCCCCAGAUCCUACUGGGGCUACCUGUACCAUAAAUUGGAGGAAAAAUGAUACAUCUUUUGUGUCUUACACGAUGACAGUGAUUGCAGUAAAUUUUAUUGUGCCCUUGACAGUGAUGUUUUAUUGCUACUACCACGUCACUCGAUCCAUUAAACACCAUGCUGCUAGUAACUGCACUGCAUACCUAAACAGAGACUGGUCAGACCAAGUAGAUGUAACAAAGAUGUCUGUGAUAAUGAUAUUGAUGUUUCUGGUGGCAUGGUCUCCUUAUUCCAUUGUGUGCUUAUGGGCUUCUUUUGGUAACCCAAAGAAGAUUCCUCCUUCAAUGGCCAUCAUAGCUCCACUGUUUGCAAAAUCAUCUACAUUCUACAACCCUUGUAUUUAUGUGGCUGCUAAUAAAAGGUUUCGGAGGGCUAUGUUUGCCAUGUUCAAAUGUCAGACUCAUCAAGCAAUGCCUGUGACAAGCGUUUUACCAAUGGAUGUAUCUCAAAGCCCACGGGCUUCUGGAAGAAUCUGAAAUAAGAGAAAAUCACACUGGCAAAGCAUUGUAGUUGUGGUUUUUUUUUUUUACUACUUCAAUUUUAUUUUAAAUACAAGCCCAUUUGGAUCAACUGCAGACAUAGUAAUUGUCCUGUUAGACUCGCUCAUUGUUCUGUUUGUGCCUUGGCGGUUAUAGUGCAUGUGUCUCUAUUUUUUUAUAUGUGAACUCAUUCCUCAGCUCCUUUGAUGCAUCUAGAUAUAUGAGAUUAAAAUCCUGUUGCUUUUCUUUCUUCUUAUCAUGCCAUUCAUUACACCAGACUGAUGACUUACAACUUGCCUUAGUUCUCCAUUAGCCACUGUUUUAAUAUUAUAAUAAAUUAAUAAUAAUAAUUUACAAUCCUCAAUAAAUUAUUACUGAAAUGAGUGGUUGGACUUUCAAAUCUAAAAUAGAAACCAUUUUAUCAUUUUAAAACUUAAAUACUUAGAAUCAAUUAUUGACAACAUUGUUUAACAAAAAUAAUCAAAUAAGCAUUAAACUUAUAUUCAAAUCAUGUUGAUCAUUGCAAAUAAAUAGUUUAUCUAGCAAUGUGAUAUCUGUUCAUUUUGUUAUGUAUUUUGCAAUUUUUAAUUACCAUUUUCCUGCAUAUGUGUUUCCAUGUUUGCUGUUAGAAUCAAGUUCAAUCUGAGCGGGAGUUUUUGUACAUUUGUUCUUUGAUAUAUUCUUAGCAUGUAGAUCCAUUCUGUAGGCACUCAAUAAAUAUUUGUUGAAUGCUGAA